AAAAACUUACCGAUUUCUUCUUAUUUCAUUCAUAGUAGUAAUAAUUUUGAUGAAUUGAUUUGCAGGUAUCUUCGGAUAUCGAAAGUGGAAGAAACCACACUGGUGGCGAAAGGCAAUAACAGAAGGCUGUUAGGCUUUGUUGAUUGUGGGCAGGAGUGCAAGAGGAGGUGCAGCUUGCACUCUCGGCCGAACGUGUGCAAUAGAGCGUGUGGGACGUGCUGCCAAAGGUGCAAGUGUGUGCCACCUGGCACCCAUGGAAACAGGGAGGUUUGUGGAUCUUGCUACACCGAUAUGACCACCCAUGGCAACCGGACUAAGUGUCUUAAUUUCCCACUACCAUCCUUUAUUUUCUGAGUUUCUGUUUUUUAUUUGGACAUGUUUUGUUUCUUUGUUAAUACUACUCCUACUAUUAUCUGUGGAAAUUCGAAAGCUGAGGCCUUGUUGUUUUCGUUACA